AUGGCUUCUUGUUGCAAUUCUUUGAGAUUUGAAGGGAUGUUCAUGUUUUCUUCGGCUUUUAGAUCAUCGAAACGAUCAUCAAAUGCCAUUUGGAUUCCUUCUUCUUCUUCUUCUUCUUCUUCUUUCUCUAAUCUCUAUACCAACGGUUUCCCUCUCAAAAACAACUCAUUUUCUUUAUCACACCCUCGUUCUUUUUCCAUCAAAGUUUCUUCUUCAUCCACCACCAUUGCUGAGCCUGAAGGCAUCAAGAUAACUUCAGUUCCCACCAAGCCAAUUGAAGGGCAGAAGACUGGGACAAGUGGUCUUAGGAAAAAGGUUAAAGUUUUUAUGGAAGAGAACUACCUUUCAAAUUGGAUCCAGUCGUUGUUUAAUUCAUUACCACCUGAGGAUUACAAGAAUGGGGUUUUGGUAUUAGGAGGCGAUGGACGGUACUUUAACCGCGAAGCUUCGCAGAUAAUUAUCAAAAUUGCUGCUGGAAAUGGAAUUGGAAAAAUCUUGGUUGGCAGGGACGGUAUCAUGUCCACAGCUGCUGUUUCUGCUGUAAUUCGAAAGAGGAAGGCCAAUGGUGGAUUUAUCAUGAGUGCAAGCCAUAAUCCUGGAGGCCUUGAAUAUGGCUGGGGUAUCAAGUUUAAUUACAACAGUGGGCAACCUGCACCUGAAUCCAUCACCGACAAGAUAUAUGGGAAUACACUCUUUAUUUCUGAGAUUAAAAUGGCUGAGAUUCCUGACAUCGACCUUUCUCACACUGGAGUUACUAACUAUGGAAACUUCACUGUUGAGGUUAUAGAUCCAGUGUCUGACUAUUUGGAAUUAAUGGAGACUGUGUUCGAUUUCCAGCUGAUCAAAAGUCUUCUCACGAGAUCAAACUUCAGGUUUGCAUUCGAUGCCAUGCAUGCUGUUACUGGGGCUUAUGCAAAACCCAUAUUUGUCGACAAGCUUGAGGCCCACCUGGAUUCUAUAUCGAAUGGAGUGCCUCUUGAGGAUUUUGGACAUGGUCAUCCGGAUCCUAAUCUUACGUAUGCAAAGGAUUUGGUCAAUACCAUGUAUAGUGAGGAGGCACCUGAUUUUGGAGCAGCAAGUGAUGGAGACUGCGACAGAAACAUGAUUCUCGGUAAAAAGUUUUUUGUUACCCCUCCAGACUCCGUUGCAAUUAUUGCUGCAAAUGCACAAGAAGCAAUACCAUACUUCCACGGUGGUCCGAAGGGUUUAGCUCAAUCCAUGCCAACCAGCGGUGCUCUUGAUAGAGUUGCUGAAAAAUUGGGUCUUACAUUUUUUUUAGGGUACAUUCUUCAAACCCCUUGGUAUUUUUGUUCUAGGUUCCUACUGGCUGGAAAUCUUAUGGAUGCUGGAAAGUUGUCAAUUUGUGGUGAAGAAAGUUUUGGUACUGGUUCGGAUCACAUUUGUGAGAAAGAUGGAAUAUGGGCUGUAUUAGCAUGGCUCUCAAUUAUCGCAUAUCGAAACAAAGAUAAGAAACCGGGGGAGAGAUUGGUGCCUGUCUCCAAUGUUGUCAAACAACACUGGACAACUUAUGGAAGAAAUUUCUUUUCCAGUUAUGAAGAAUGUGCAUCCGAAGGCGCAAAUAAAAUGAUUGAAUACCUUAGAGAUCUGGCCUCGAAGAAUAAGGCUGGUGAAAAGUAUGGAAAUUAUGUCCUCCAAUUUGCUGAUGAUUUCUCAUAUACUGAUCCAGUAGAUGGAAGUGUGGCCUCGAAGCAAGGUGUUCGAUUUGUUUUCACCGAUGGUUCAAGGAUUAUAUUCCGUUUAUCGGGAACCAGCUCUGCUGGUGCAACCUUUCGAAUCUAUAUCGAGCAGUUUGAACCAGAUGCUUCUAAACAUGACAUGGAUGCUCAAGUGGCAUUGAAAUCAUUAAUAGAUUUGGCGUUGUCGGUAUCGAAGCUGAAGGGCUUCACUGGAAGGGAGAAACCUACAGUCAUCACAUAAAGCACACACUCAUACUAAGCCUAUGAAAUGCCAUCAAAUGAGACUUACUGAUGA